AUGUUUGGUCUGGAAUCGAAUCAGAUCCCGAGAUAUUUGUCUAAUUGGACGGAGGAAUGUUUUGAUUUGGACACCUCACAAUACCCGUUUCCAAAUACACUAUGGAUAAUAAAACCACCAAGAGAGAUCCUCAUCAAAAGUUUAGCUAUGGUCAUCGUUGGAGUGAUUGGGAUUAUACUGAACUCCAUAAUUCUCAUCAUCCUCGUGAAGAACAGGUGGCUAUGGUCAGCAAGCAACUUUCUGAUUGGUAACAUGGCAGCUGUGGAUAUGCUGACGUUACUAUUUUGUCCUUGGUUCAUGCUCGUCAGAGACUUUUAUCAGAAUUACGUGUUGAGGAACUUCGGGUGUCGGUUUGAAGGGUUCUUACAGGCAAGUCUUCUCCUAGCCAGUGUCGGUUCCAUUAUGUUGGUCUCCUAUGACAGACUUGCAGCUGCUUGUCUGACUUCAGAAGCAAGGAUCACAAAAGCAAGUGCGCCUAAACUUAUUGUCAUCACAUGGUUCUUCUCAAUGGCGCUUUCCUUACCUUGGAUAAUCAAAAGAGAAUAUAAGGAACGUCAAUGGCAAAAUUUCUUGGAGAUGUACUGUGCUGAAGAUAUUACCUUUUUGGGAAUUUAUUGGCAUUUUUUACUUAUACUCCUGGUGUGGUUACCGAUGGGUAUAAUGAUAGUUUGUUAUGGCGGUAUUAUCUGGCGCUUGGAGUGUGGUGUGCGUGAAUUAUCUUCUCGUGGUGCUGGGAAAGUGGUGACGAAAGCAAGGGGGAAAGCUAUGCGCGUUACAGCUAUGGUGCUUAUGGCUUCUACAUUGUGUCGAUUGCCGUACACCGUUCUCAUUUAUUGGAGGAAUAAUAUGGCGAAAGAAAUUAAUGCGGUGGAAGGCGCUUAUGAAAUCUUAUGGUUUGUAGCGAGUUACCUUAUGUAUGUGGACUGCGCACUUAAUCCUUUGAUCUAUGGUUUUACAAAUGUCCGAUUUCGACGAGCGAUGGACAGGACUCCUGGACUGUCGUGCUUCAGGUUUGGUACAUGGUGCUGUAUUUGUACCUUGGUAGCAAGAAAAACCGAAGAUCUGGACAAGAUUAAGCACGUAAACAAUAUUUACAUUAUAGAAACAACGCCAAGACCCAAUAAGAAAUUGUCAAAUGCUGUCAAAAACUUUCUUCACAUCCAUAAACAAACAUUGGAAUUAAGUGUACAAAAAAUGGAUGAACUAACGACAAAGCCUACUAAAAUAACGCCUCUUAAAAUUGAGCAAUGUAACGAUAUAAUAUAA